GCAGAUUCCCUGCAACUUCUUAAUUAGCUUAAAAUUCCCAGAAGAAACAAUUAAUGGAGAUCUGUGAAUUAUUUUGUGGACACAGAGGAGAACUACAAGUGAGGUGGCACUGACUCUUGCUAACGGUACAGAAGAGCAGGGCUGAAUGCGCACAGGACCCUGAACGGCAGCCAGGAGCCGAGGGCUCGGCGGCUACAUCAGAGCCCCGCUGGGGCUGUUGAGGACUUUGCGCUGUGUGCAAAGUCCUAAACACGAGUCCCAGCUCCCUGGAUGGGCUCCCCCUCGACUGCCAGCCCAAGGCAGGACCUGAGGUCUGAGCUCUGCCCUGUCUGUACGAUGCCAAGAACGCAGCUCUGAGCUGACUGAGAGUAACACUUUCCUGGAGCAGAAAUCUGAUAUCCAACACUCUUGGCCUUGAACAAAAUGGAGGAUUUAAAAUAUGACGGCACGGAGCGCCUGGCUGUGGACUACGUGGAGGGGAUUCUGCAGCCCACGCCCACCUGUGACACCUGGGAUCAGAUCUGGAACUUCCAAGCCAGGCCUGAUGAUCUGCUCAUUUCCACCUACCCGAAAGCAGGAACAACCUGGACGCAGGAGAUCGUGGACUUGAUACAAAACGAGGGUGAUAUUGACAGAAGCCAGCGGGCACCUACUCACGAGCGAUUCCCCUUCAUCGAGUGGAAAAUCCCGGGCAUGGAAUCUGGCUUGGAACAAGCUAAUGCAAUGCCCUCACCACGGAUCCUAAAGACGCACCUUCCCAUCCACUUGCUGCCACCAUCCUUCCUGGAGAAAAACUGUAAGAUAAUCUAUGUAGCAAGAAACCCCAAGGACAGCAUGGUGUCUUAUUACCACUUCCACAGGAUGAAUAAAGGGCUUCCUGCUCCAGGAACCUGGGAAGAGUACUUUGAGAGUUUUCUGGCUGGGGAUGUGUGUUGGGGCUCCUGGUUCGAGCACGUGAAGGGAUGGUGGGAUGCCAAGGACCAGCACCGCAUCCUCUACCUCUUCUACGAGGACAUGAAGAGGAACCCAAAGCAUGAAAUUCUGAAGCUGGCAGAAUUUAUUGGAAAGAGCCUAGAUGAUAAAGUUCUGGAUACAAUUGUCCAUUACAGUUCAUUUGACGUCAUGAAGCAGAACCCGAUGGCAAACUACACGUCGAUUCCAGCUCCAUUCAUGAACCAUUCUAUUUCUCCAUUCAUGAGAAAAGGGGCUGUGGGAGAUUGGAAGAAUCACUUCACUGUGGCCCAGAACGAGAGAUUUGAUGAAGAUCACAAGAGGAAGAUGGCUGACACCACUCUAACUUCCCACAUCCGAUUCUUGUAA